UUCAGUUGGGAGCUCGUUGCCAGGGAGACCGCGUCCGCUCGUGCCUUCGGCCCGACCCGAGACCCCUGUGAUUGGCCCCGCCGCCUUGGUAACAGGGGUCGAUCCGGCAAAGGGUGAGUUGCGAUUGGCGCUGCCCCCGUCCAUCACAGUUGGCGUAAUUCCAUCCGGUUGGAGUAUCUUACGACGCGCGUAACAAAAGAUGACAGCCUGUGGCAGUGGGGAGGGAUUCGGGGCAGUGGCCUGGUGGGGAUUCAGCCCAGCAAUGGAUUUCCAAGAAAAAGGUUUAACUGCUUCAUUGGAAGCUUUGAGCUCAAAAGAAGACAGUGUUCCCGAACUUAAUGUUCUCAUGAUUGGUGCUGGAGAUAGCCGACAUCUCCUAACAACUAUUUCCCGAAAUCAUCAUUGGCCACGGAGAAAGAUUAAUUUCUACAUUGUUGAGAAUAACUUGGAGCUUAUAGGCCGACAUCUUCUUUUUCUUACCACUGCUUUGGAACCUCCAGAACAGAUGGGUUUACGAGAAAAGUGUGAACUCCUGCUUGAGUUGUUUGGGAAUAGUCUGAUACGGAGUCAGACUGCAACCUACCUGCAGGACAAAGCUAACCUCUUCAUUCACUAUAUAACAGAUCUUGAUUUCCUUCAUAAGAAACUGCCAAUGAUUGACAUGUCCGGCCUGAAGUUUAAAGAGCGAGAUCAGUUGGAAGCAAUUUUUAAAUUCUGGAGGAAUCCAGAUCAGAAGAUGUUUCAGAUCAAUCGGUUGUGGGAUAUGCGAAACAGGCAAUACUUAGGAAACCGAUAUGACUCUAGGAUUGGUGUUUAUGAUUGGGACUUACAUAUGAAAUUAUAUGAGCGAGGGGCUCGUAUAAUAAACAAUCGACAAUACUAUCAAUGGAGAGAUAAAGGCUUGGCAUUUGAAGUUCGUGAGGGUCUAUAUGAUGUUCCAAACAAAUCUCUGGCUUCUGGGCUGCUUAUGAAUUAUAAAGGGGAGAAAGUUCCUGCGCGUGGCUACUGGGGAGAUAUUGUCACAAGCCCAUACAUCGCAUUUGGAAUUGAAACAGAAGAGCAAUCCCUUCUAAAGACAGCAAAUGGUGUCCAUGUAAAGACAGCUCAGGAUAUCUCUCAGUAUAACAUAACAGCCUUGCUCCAUGAACUGGUUGCUAAGGAGAAAUAUGCACUGCCAACAGAAAAGGCCACCUUGCAUGAGAUUACAGAAGAGGCGGAAAGUGGAAUGGAGAAUGACUCUUCUAACAUAAAAAAUGAAUCGACUCAUACACGUCAACAUCCAGAGAUUGUGACAGAAGAAGGAACAAUGAAGCAAAGCAGUGAUUUGGAUGACACAAACUCCAGUGGAGGCCACUGUGCAGCUGAAUACGAUUAUCUCCCCUUGCCUGAUGUAAAGAUUCAUUUCCUACCAAUGAAUUGUGUAACAGAGCUUCAUAAGAAGAACAAUUACUGUGAGAGGUUUAAUGUGAUCUACUUUUCUUGCAGUAUGCUUCACCAGUUAAAACCAGAGUUGAAGCAGAUUGCUGCACCACGAGCAACUCUCAUAGUGGAACUACCAAAGUUCAUACUAGAUCUGCGCAAGGAAGUGAUGACUAAGUUUGCCAGCCGUGCAACUGAAAUGGCAAAGGAGGCAGGCUUUGUGCCUUUUGGGAACAUAGAUGAGGAGAAGGAUUCCUUUGCACGUUUUGAAUUAAAGGAUGGUCCAUAACUUUGAUUUAGCAAUGUGAGGCAGGUGUUAGCUGAGCAAAACAGAAGUAGCAAACAUUUCUGUUAUCACAUACUGAUUUUUCCUAAUGCUUUUAAAAAUGGAGAUGAUAAUGGAACAUUCUGAAGAGAGCACAUCAGAUUUUAGCACAUGAACUUCAUCGUAAAACAGCCAGCUGAAUGGAUUAUCAAUUUAAGCUUGUGGUGCUGUGAUUAUUGGUUAUUACAAUUUCUGCACCAAUGGACUAAGUCUGACAGUAACUGUAUAGUCUGAAAACAUUUCAUUCUAGUUGAAUGUUUCCCAGUUGUUCCACCAAAGUUGACUAAAGUUAUUUAGGACUAAGGCUGAAAAUGUGUUACUGAAAAAGCGCA